UAGGAAUCGUUACUUGUUACUUAAUUACUGUUUCUUAAAAAUGUUAAGUUCCGCCAAUUUUGAAAUUUAUAUUUAUUAUCAGAUUGGUGUAGGAGAAAAAUUUUCAGAUAAAAUAAUUGUGUUUAUGGUAGGGUAAGAGCACAAAUGUUCGACCGAUUCAUACUAUAUUAGCAUUACCGUCAAAUUCCGAACAGUGAUGAUUUCGAAGGCUGCAUCAAACUAUAUGGCUUUCAUUGGCGAAUGGUUCAAGAACGAGGCAAAGACAAUUCAACAGUUAAUGGUUUAUUUCUACCCGUCUGAAAAAGCUAUUGAACUUUACGAAACUAAAACCAAAAAAGUGUUCCUUCAUAAAACAAGAAUAGAAGAGAUUUCACAAAGUGAUUUCUUCAUUGGUGCUAAACUUCUCAUUUUUGGCAAACAAAUUGUUAUUGUGGACUACGGAGACUACAAUACUAAAAUGAAAUAUGGAUCUGAACAACGCACAUUCGUUAUGAUAUUUUCUGAGGCUUUGCAGCAUCUUGGCGAAAUUCUGCAAGCUAUCAAUAAGACCGGCUUACACAUACGGCAGUUGAAAAUGCUGAAAAGUGACGACAACUAUUCCUGGAUUCUGAAGAAUUUUCGUUCAGAAAAUUCUGAGCUUUGUUACUUCAUAGAUAACAUUCCUUCCAAUUCAUUUGUGGCCAUGGAACUGACCGGAGAAAACUCAUACACUCGUUUCAAGGCGCUAUGUGGCCACGCAAAUACUGCAGAUGAAGCAAACGUUUCGGCUCCAGCAUGUUUGAGAGCACUGUACGGAAGUGGGGUUUACUGCCCUAGCAGUGCGAGUGCUUCGGAUAUGGAAUCCAAAUUUGUGUUCAGUAACAACGACGUCAGACUAUGCUUGAAAGCAUCGGUUCUAUUCAAGAACAGCACGUUGUGUAUCAUCAAACCACAUGCUGUCCGACAAGGCUUGACUGGUGAAAUUGUAUCGCAAAUUCUACAGAAAGGAUUCAUAAUUUCGGCAAUGAAGAUGUUGCGAAUCGAACGACCCAAUUGCGAGGAAUUUUUGGACGUUUAUAAAGGAGUCAUUCCAGAGUUUGAGUCAAUGGUAAUGCAAAUGAUCAGCGGCGAUCUAAUAGCACUUGAGAUAACAAACAAAUUUGAGAACGAUUGUAGAACUCAACAGAGCUUUCGCGAUUUUUGUGGACCUUCAUGCCCGGAAAUAGCUCGGAUAACCCGGCCACAUACAUUGAGAGCUCAAUUUGGACAGAACAAAAUUUUAAAUGCAAUCUACUGUACUGACCUAGAAGAAGAUACAAACCUGGAGUUGGAAUAUAUUUUCAAAUUUCUUCCUUAACUGUAUAUAAUAAAGGUGAAGUGACGUGUUAA